CUCCGGGGUGCGCUGGGAACUGGGCCACGUUUUCUCGCCCGAAACAGGAUGGCGGUGGCCCAACUUGACUUUGGCGCUGACAGGAGGCAGCCACUCUGGAAUCCGUCGCACGGCGAAGAUCAGCUGGCGACCUACGACCGACGACUUGGCGCGAUGGACUAUUCGUUUUGUGUGGCGCCAUCGACGCCGGACGAGAUCUUGUUUGCCGACAAAGUGGCGCGAACGCACUGCAUGUGCUGCACCCGUCGCUUCCACAUCUUACGCAAGAAAGCGCUGUGCUUCAAAUGCAACGAGUCGGUGUGCCUCGACUGCAUCGCGGUGUGGCAGCCCAAGGACCAACUGCGCACAGAAGUUUUGUGCAAGCGAUGCAUACACAAACACACCGCCGCGACACAAGCGCCGCCACGAUCCAAAUCCACGACGACACCACCAACUUUACCCGACACAGCCCUGCGGUGGAGCAACGGGUCGUCCGCGUCGUCCGGCUAUGUGGACGACCACGAUAUCGUCCGUCGUCACGCCAGCAGCGAAGAAGAUGCCGCAAAAGUCGCGCCGCUGUCUGUAGAAGAAGGAAGCACCAACGUAGGAGGACGCUGCGGGCUCAUUCUGUCGCCGCGACAGCUCCGUGCCGUGGAAUCGAAGCGAACCGAAGACACGCGGCCGUGCUCCGUCAAACUGCCGAGGUCGCAUCGAGUGCACACCGCUUGACAUGUUGAACACGCUUAUUUUAUCGUCA